CUCUCUAUCGGUGUUUUGAUAGUUUCGUACCACCUAGCAACUAGUGAAAAAUCACAAUGGCUACGGUUUUCGUCAAGUUGACUUUUUUGUUGAUUGUUUUUGAGCUGACUGCUGCAAAUGACUGCAAUCUUUCCAAAAACAAAAUGAAAAAGAUGGUAAAGAAGUACAAAAAGAAAUGUCUCAAUCUUGGAUUUACCUCAAACCUUGGGUGUGCUUCCUCGUCUGCAUUGAAAUUGAAAAAGAAAGGAAAAAAGAAAUGUUCUGCUAUGGAAAGAAAACUGAAAAGCUGUAACUACGAAUGCAAAGGAUUGAAAGUAGACGGAGGCUGGGGAGAUUAUGGAGAUUGGUCGACAUGUUCAGUGGAAUGUGGAGGAGGAACACAAACAAGAACUAGGAACUGCGACAGUCCCCUUCCAGCCAAUGGGGGAGUGGAAUGUGAGGGAGAUACUGAAGAAACACAAAGUUGUAACGAGCAAGCUUGUGCAGGGUCCGGUACAGCUGAAGCAUGCGAACAUAGCGGAAUACCUAUAUCAAUCAACUGUGGCGAGGAGAUGAUAAAUAUCAAGCAUGCGGCCUAUGGUGUAUACUCCAAUGACAACACUUGUGGACUCUCUUAUGGUGGAGACUGUAUCUCAGAAACUUCACUUCAGGCGAUGAAGGAACGAUGUGAUGGAAAGAAUUCCUGUGCAGUAGAAGCACUAAACAGUAUAUUUGGAGAUCCUUGUGGUGGAAUUUACAAAUACUUAACUGCUACCUGGGAGUGCCAUUCAGGAUUGAAAGUAGACGGUGGUUGGGGAGAUUAUGGAGAUUGGUCGACAUGUUCAGUGGAAUGUGGAGGAGGAACACAAACAAGAACUAGGAACUGCGAUAGUCCCCUUCCAGCAAAUGGGGGAGCGGAAUGUGAGGGAGACAUUGAAGAAAUACAGAGUUGUAACGAGCAAGCUUGUGCAGGGUCCGGUACAGCUGAAGCAUGCGAACAUAGCGGAAUACCUAUAUCAAUCGACUGUGGCGAGGAGAUGAUAAAUAUCAAGCAUGCGGCCUAUGGUGUUUACUCCAAUGAGAAUACUUGUGGACGUUCUUAUGGUGGAGACUGUAUCUCAGAAACUUCACUUCAGGCGAUGAAGGAGCGAUGUGAUGGAAAGAAUUCCUGUGCAGUAGAAGCACUAAACAGUAUAUUUGGAGAUCCUUGUGGUGGAAUUUACAAAUACUUAACUGCUACCUGGGAGUGCCAUUCAGGAUUGAAAGUAGACGGUGGUUGGGGAGAUUAUGGAGAUUGGUCGACAUGUUCAGUGGAAUGUGGAGGAGGAACACAAACAAGAACUAGGAACUGCGAUAGUCCCCUUCCAGCAAAUGGGGGAGCGGAAUGUGAGGGAGACAUUGAAGAAAUACAGAGUUGUAACGAGCAAGCUUGUGCAGGGUCCGGUACAGCUGAAGCAUGCGAACAUAGCGGAAUACCUAUAUCAAUCAACUGUGGCGAGGAGAUGAUAAAUAUCAAGCAUGCGGCCUAUGGUGUUUACUCCAAUGAGAACACUUGUGGACGUUCUUAUGGUGGAGACUGCAUCUCAGAAACUUCACUUCAGGCGAUGAAGGAACGAUGUGAUGGAAAGAAUUCCUGUGCAGUAGAAGCACUAAACAGUAUAUUUGGAGAUCCUUGUGGUGGAAUUUACAAAUACUUAACUGCUACCUGGGAGUGCCAUUCAGGAUUGAAAGUAGACGGUGGCUGGGGAGAUUAUGGAGAUUGGUCGACAUGCUCAGUGGAAUGUGGAGGAGGAACACAAACAAGAACUAGGAACUGCGAUAGUCCCCUUCCAGCAAAUGGGGGAGCGGAAUGUGAGGGAGACAUUGAAGAAAUACAGAGUUGUAACGAGCAAGCUUGUGCAGGGUCCGGUACCCGUACAGCUGAAGCAUGCGAACAUAGCGGAAUACCUAUAUCAAUCAACUGUGGCGAUGAGAUGAUAAAUAUCAAGCAUGCAGCCUAUGGUGUUUACUCCAAUGAGAACACUUGUGGACUUUCUUAUGGUGGAGACUGCAUCUCAGAAACUUCACUUCAGGCGAUGAAGGAACGAUGUGAUGGAAAGAAUUCCUGUGCAGUAGAAGCACUAAACAGUAUAUUUGGAGAUCCUUGUGGUGGAAUUUACAAAUACUUAACUGCUACCUGGGAGUGCCAUUCAGGAUUGAAAGCGAUGAAGGAACGAUGUGACGGAAAGAAUUCCUGUGCAGUAGAAGCACUAAACAGUAUAUUUGGAGAUCCUUGUGGUGGAAUUUACAAAUACUUAACUGCUACCUGGGAGUGCCAUUCAGGAUUGAAAGUAGACGGAGGCUGGGGAGAUUAUGGAGAUUGGUCGACAUGCUCAGUGGAAUGUGGAGGAGGAACACAAACAAGAACUAGGAACUGCGACAGUCCCCUUCCAGCCAAUGGGGGAGCGGAAUGUGAGGGAGAUACUGAAGAAACACAGAGUUGUAACGAGCAAGCUUGUGCAGGGUCCGGUACAGCUGAAGCAUGCGAACAUAGCGGAAUACCUAUAUCAAUCAACUGUGGCGAGGAGAUGAUAAAUAUCAAGCAUGCGGCCUAUGGUGUUUACUCCAAUGAGAACACUUGUGGACUUUCUUAUGGUGGAAACUGCAUCUCAGAAACUUCACUUCAGGCGAUGAAAGAACGAUGUGACGGAAAGAAUUCCUGUGCAGUAGAAGCACUAAACAGUAUAUUUGGAGAUCCUUGUGGUGGAAUUUACAAAUACUUAACUGCUACCUGGGAGUGCCAUUCAGGAUUGAAAGUAGACGGUGGCUGGGGAGAUUAUGGAGAUUGGUCGACAUGUUCAGUGGAAUGUGGAGGAGGAACACAAACAAGAACUAGGAACUGCAACAGUCCCCUCCCAGCCAAUGGGGGAGCGGAAUGUGAGGGAGAUACUGAAGAAAGACAGAGUUGUAACGAGCAAGCUUGUGCAGGGUCCGGUACAGCUGAAGCAUGCGAACAUAGCGGAAUACCUAUAUCAAUCAACUGUGGCGAGGAGAUGAUAAAUAUCAAGCAUGCGGCCUAUGGUGUUUACUCCAAUGAGAACACUUGUGGACUUUCUUAUGGUGGAGACUGUAUCUCAGAAACUUCACUUCAGGCGAUGAAGGAACGAUGUGAUGGAAAGAAUUCCUGUGCAGUAGAAGCACUAAACAGUAUAUUUGGAGAUCCUUGUGGUGGAAUUUACAAAUACUUAACUGCUACCUGGGAGUGCCAUUCAGGAUUGAAAGUAGACGGUGGUUGGGGAGAUCAUGGAGAUUGGUCGACAUGUUCAGUGGAAUGUGGAGGAGGAACACAAACAAGAACUAGGAACUGCGACAGUCCCCUUCCAGCUAAUGGGGGAGCGGAAUGUGAGGGAGAUACUGAAGAAAUACAGAGUUGUAACGAGCAAGCUUGUGCAGGGUCCGGUACAGCUGAAGCAUGCGAACAUAGCGGAAUACCUAUAUCAAUCAACUGUGGCGAGGAGAUGAUAAAUAUCAAGCAUGCGGCCUAUGGUGUUUACUCCAAUGAGAACACUUGUGGACUUUCUUAUGGUGGAGACUGUAUCUCAGAAACUUCACUUCAGGCGAUGAAGGAACGAUGUGAUGGAAAGAAUUCCUGUGCAGUAGAAGCACUAAACAGUAUAUUUGGAGAUCCUUGUGGUGGAAUUUACAAAUACUUAACUGCUACCUGGGAGUGCCAUUCAGGAUUGAAAGUAGACGGUGGUUGGGGAGAUCAUGGAGAUUGGUCGACAUGUUCAGUCGAAUGUGGAGGAGGAACACAAACAAGAACUAGGAACUGCGACAGUCCCCUUCCAGCAAAUGGGGGAGCGGAAUGUGAGGGAGACACUGAAGAAAUACAGAGUUGUAACGAGCAAGCUUGUGCAGGGUCCGGUACAGCUGAAGCAUGCGAACAUAGCGGAAUACCUAUAUCAAUCAACUGUGGCGAGGAGAUGAUAAAUAUCAAGCAUGCGGCCUAUGGUGUAUACUCCAAUGAGAACACUUGUGGACUUUCUUAUGGUGGAGACUGUAUCUCAGAAACUUCACUUCAGGCGAUGAAGGAACGAUGUGACGGAAAGAAUUCCUGUGCAGUAGAAGCACUAAACAGUAUAUUUGGAGAUCCUUGUGGUGGAAUUUACAAAUACUUAACUGCUACCUGGGAGUGCCAUUCAGAAAACUCAGCUGAAGCAUGUGAACAUAGCGGAAUACCUAUAUCAAUCAACUGUGGCGAGGAGAUGAUAAAUAUCAAGCAUGCAGCCUAUGGUGUUUACUCCAAUGAGAACACUUGUGGACUUUCUUAUGGUGGAGACUGUAUCUCAGAAACUUCACUUCAGGCGAUGAAGGAACGAUGUGAUGGAAAGAAUUCCUGUGCAGUAGAAGCACUAAACAGUAUAUUUGGAGAUCCUUGUGGUGGAAUUUACAAAUACUUAACUGCUACCUGGGAGUGCCAUUCAGAGUGAUAGUGACAAAAAGGAGCUGAAAACAUACAGAUAGAAGAACAUGUAGAAUUAGAGACAAUUAUCUCCAAACAUUUUACAUAAUUGGAUUAAAGAUGCAUGUUAUUUCGGAAAACUUAUAAAUCGCAUGAUCUAUAAUACAUGAUCAAUAUUUGUUUAUUUAAGACAAUAUACUAGUAUUUACAGCACUUCAAAAUAUUUAUUGAGUAAAUGAUGGACAUGUUUUAAUUUGGUUCAGUC